AUGACGUCUAUUAAGAGAUGACGAGUUGUGUGUUUUCAUUGGCUGGGGACCCAUGAUAUGCUAGAAUUUCUCCUCAUUUUGACUUACCCUACUAGAAUACCCAGAAGACAGAGGUGGAGAACCCAACCCAACUCCGGUGAAAGUGCUUCCUUGGUGGAGUAGAAAAGGAGGAUUAAUCAAAAGCCAUUCUUGAUGUUUCUGAUUCUAUUCUUACUUUUUGGGGAAAUUGAAAAAGGAUAGACUUUUCACUUGUCUUCAGCAGAAGUUGAAUUUUGUUUGUUCAAUUAAUCGCUAAUCAAGUUCAGAUGAGCAUUGACAGAACCAGUAGCUUGUCUGAUGAAGUUCUUUGUCACAUUUCAUCAUUCCUUCCAACAGAAGAUGCAGUUCGCCCAUCCAUUCUAUCAACAAGGUGGAGGUAUCUUUAUCUUUGGAUUUCUAAUCUUGAAUUCAAAUAUAAAACAAAUGGUAAGGGAACUCUGGUUGCUUUCAUGAAUUUUGUGGAUGGAGCGUUGCUCCAAUUUAGGAGACCAUCUAUUGAUAGAUUUUGUCUUAAUAUCUGGGGAAAUGAAUCCAUUGAUCCUUUGCAUUUUGAUGGAUGGAUACAAGCUUUAUUACUGCAUUCCAUUCGAGAUCUUGAUUUAUUCAUCCAUUGGGAUCGUCGGUAUGGACUGCCAGCUGAUUUAUUUACUUGUGAGACACUAGUUGUUUUGAAAUUGCAGUUGUCCAAUUCAUUUUUACAAGUCCCAUUAAGGGUUUGUCUACCGAGCCUGAGGGUUCUUGACCUGUAUAUGUUCUAUGAAGAUGAUGAUUUUGGUGAAUGGCUCUCUUUUGGAUGCCUUGCUCUGGAGGAUUUGGUUUUCCAAGGAACAUUCUUGGGGUUUGAGUGCAAACUCAAUGUUUCAAAUGCUUCACUCAAGAGACUAACAACCGUGACUAGUAACUUUGAUGGCUCUGUUCAGAUUAUCAUUAAUGCACCAAAUCUUGUCAAUUUGAAUUACUCUGUCUAUGAAUGUAACUACAAUGUAUUUAUAAACUUGCCAUCGAUAACCAAAGCCUGGAUCAAUUUUCACUAUGUGCAUGCGGAGUGGAUUGAUCAUAUACUUGUGCAACUAGUCUAAUGAAAGGAAUAAGCAGUAUUCAUUCAC